CUCUCGACUUUUCUUCUUCCCAUUCUCUUCCGCUUCAUCCUCCUCAGCGCUCUGUCCCCAACCAAUCCUCUUGGGCGUCCACACAUGGCACCCGCAGCAUCGUCCUCGCCUCCAUGACGCGGAGCUCUUCGCUCCACCGCUGCUCGUUCCUUGUGUUUGCUCAAAGAUGCACCUCCUCCUGAUCCGCCAUGGCGAGACGGUCGACAAUGUUGCGGGCAUCUAUGCCGGAUCGCGGGACUCGGCAUUGACUUCGCACGGCGUCCUGCAAGCUCGCAGGCUGGCCACGUACCUGGCUGAGGGACAGGAGACGGCACUGAAGUUCAUUUUCUCGUCGGAUCUCCAGCGCGCGGUGAAGACGGCCGAGGCGAUUGCAUCGGAGCAGAGGCGUGUCUGUUCCCGGGACAUUCCAGUCGUCCAGCUUGCCGAGCUGCGGGAAAAGGACUUUGGAAGUGAUGAAGGCAUGAAGUUUGGAGACUCGAGAGGUCGUGCGCCGGAUUCUGAGACUGCCGAGUCGAUGAAGGCGAGGGUCGACGCCUUUCUCGAGGAGCACCUGCUUCCGCUUCUCAGCGCUCACGCAGACGGGACUCCGUCGACGUGCGCCAUCGUCUCCCACGGCAUCAUCCUCGGUGUUGUCUACCGCGAGCUCUGCGCCCGUGUCAGCCGUGGUGGCAUCACUGUCGAUCCAAAUCCCAGCGCCGCCAGCUCCCUCAUAUCCCCUCCCUUUUGGGACAACACCGGCUUUCUCGAAUGCACCGUUUCCAUCACUGGAGCUGUGGCGGAUGAGGACAAGUCGCUGCCACUGAGGCUGCACGUCAGCCGCGUCAACUGCACUAUCCAUCUCAGGGACUUGAAAAAGACCCGGGGCGGCAUUGGCAGCGCCGCCUUUGACGAGAAACAACGCACUCUGACUUCGUUUUUUGUGCCGGGCACGAAGAAACGCAAGAGUCAUGAUAUGAGUGCUGGGUAAAGCGGCGUUACCCAGUUAUUCUGCUUUGAAAUGAUGCUACAUGAGACUAUAUGAGACUCCAUGAACCGAUAGAAAUAUCAUGAAUCGAUACAAAUAGACAGACAAUGGAAUAUGAUACCUUUCUGAUACCUCU